GGUGGCUCUUGUGAAUCUCUGUCAUUGAAGGACAGUGCGUUAACCGGUAGUGAUUCAUGUGUCCUCGAGUUGAGCGACAGUGGAGGAAGCGGUCCUCCAGGUGAAUGGGACGCUGUGCCUAGUAUUGUUCGCCAAUGUAUUAAACACCUGAAAGCCACAGGACUGAGAACUUUGGGUAUUUUUCGGGUGUCGCCGUCGAAAAAGAGGGUUAGACAGUUGAGGGAAGUUUUCGAUUGUGGAAGAGAAAUGAAGAUUAGCGUUGAUCAAUGUCCCCACGAUGUAGCUACACUGUUGAAAGAGUAUUUCCGAGAUCUACCAGAUCCUUUGCUCUGCAGAGACCUAUAUCAGGCCUUUGUUCACACGCAGAAAAUUCGAAAUAGACGUCUGCAGCAGGAAGCUCUGCAACAUCUGAUUCAACUUCUUCCAAUCGCCAACCGCGAGACACUCUUUGCCCUGCUGAAUUUUUUAACGGAAGUUGCUGCAAAUUGUGAAGAUAACAAAACGGAGACUGGCGAUUGGGUGUCUGGAAAUAAAAUGGAUAUAACGAAUCUUGCUACGGUUUUUGCCCCAAAUAUACUCCACUGUAUUAAACCCGGCCACGCUCGAUCUGAAGUAUCAGCAGAGAGAGCAGAAGAGAGGACAGACGUGAUAAAUGUGAUGCGUGCCUUAUUGGAAAACUCCUCGUGCCUCUUCACUGUUCCAGCUGCACUUCUCGAUGAGCUAUACUUGCAUAUGAUGGACACUAACCCAGCAGACCUCGACAUUGCGCUGUCUCGCCGUGCUGAAGAACAAUGUUCGGAGGAAGUUGAUCCUUGCAGUGAGGCCGAAACAUUCUUCGUAGAAGAAACAAUAAUGCCUCCAGUGCAAACAGCAAAGAAAAUUUGGUCGAGAGAGCAAUGCCUACACCAGAUGGCAGGGGUAGGUGGUGCGAUUGGGCCGAAGCCGAGACGCCCGAAGAAACCAGGAACAAGACGAAAGGAAGAAGGAAGGAGCAGCAGCAUAGACAGUGGCUCGAGUGAAGAUCCUCUAUACCCAAGAAGAAGAUCCUCCCCUAUGGUCAUAACUGCUUCCCUCACAAUACCAAUGUCCGGUGCUUUCACUCUGAACUUAGAUGAUCCUGACAUCCCCUAUAUUGAGGAGCAACCAAAACAGCUAUCAGCACCCCCACGAAGACAGAGACAGCAUUCCAUAUCUGGAUGCAGUGAAGGGGGCCGACAUGGAAGUGACAGUGCGGUGGGGUCCUCAGUAACACUGUCAGGCGAUCAACCACAAAGUUCACCACCCUCCUGGGCAUCGUCUCCCCCAGCGAGUCCCGAUAGUGCUGUUACUGCGGUCUCUUACAUACCAGAUCAACAGGCGGUUCUCCAGAAGGUAUCAUUUACGACGUCCAGUGAAGCUCGUCAGAUCACCAGGUCGAUGAGUCAAGAAACUUCAAAAGCAUCAGCUACAUCUUUUCAUACACCUAGCAUUACGAGCAUUGGUGGAGCUGUUUUGAGGUCAAAAACCGCUGACAUUGAGAGGAUGCUGCACAAUGCGAGACCCGAGAGUGCAGUUUCGAUCCAGUCAAAAGGCAUAAGUUCCAUCUCAACAUCAAAUGACAAUAAAAAGUACACAAAGCGAAGAUACACAGACUCGAGGCAUCAGACACGACAUAUCCCCGACGUUGAGAGCCUCGCCGGGAGGCCCUCAUCGACAAUCACAAAUCCUCAGAGCUCUACUACAAAUACUAAGGAACCUCAACGCGCAAGCAGUGGUGGAACUACGGCUCCUGUAUGGAAACGUCGAGAAUUGAUCUCUUCGGCACCCAAAGAACGACAAUUCUUCUCAUGAUAUUUUCAUCCGGAGUCAUGCACAAACUUUAUUCAUAUGAUCUCGUCGUCGUGAUCGACGUACUCUGCCAUAUUUUGUUCAAGUUUGAUGAGGAAGCAGAAUGUUUAAUGAGGAAUUAUUUCUAUGAUUUUCCCGAUUUCCUCGGUUUUUUUACUAUUCGACGUCCCUAUCUCCUCCAGGCGAGGAGACUCGAGUGAUCGUCAUGUCACAGAGGUACAUUAUCAAUUUGUAAAGUUUUUAACGUGUAAAUUCAAAUGAAUAAAUGAUCAAUUUUUCUACAAA